AUGAAUAAUGAUCCUAAAGGGGCGUACAAUAUAACGCCUAUUUUCACUAGUGAAAACUACAAUUAUUGGAAAGAUUAUAUGCCUAUUCAUAUCAACACUAUUGAUAGGAAGGUGAAAUGUCUUGAGGCUAUGGAGAGAACAUGGUUUCUCGAUAGAGGAUGCUCAAGACAUAUGACGAGUAACAUUUCCUUAUUCUUUGACCUUGUGGCUAAGGAGAAAGGAUUUGUAACCUAUGGUGAUAAUAACAAGGGAGCUAUAAUCGGAAAAGGUAGUGUAGGUAAUCCCUCUUCUACUACUAUCUCUAACGUCCUUUUAGUUGAAGGCCUUAAGCAUAACCUUAUUAGUAUUAGCCAAUUAUGCGACAAAGGAUAUCAAGUAUCGUUUUCAAAAUAUUGUUGCAUGGUUGAACAUAAUGAUACAAAGAAUGAUGUGUUUAAGGGAUUGAGGGGAAGGAAACCUAAUGUUUCACAUCUUCAUGUCUUUGGACGUAAAUGCUUUGUGUUAAAUAAUGGUAAAGAAAACCUUGCUAAAUUUGACUCAAAAGCCGAUGAAGGUAUACUUCUCGAAUACUCUCAAUCUAGUAAAGCAUACAAGGUAUACAAAAAAAGGUUAUGUAUCGUUGAAGAAUCUGUGCAUGUUUCCUUUGAUGAAUCUUAUCCGAAAAUUGUCGGAGAAGGUAUUUUUGUUGAUGGUGCAGGUGUUCCUUCGGAAAACAUAAUAAAAGAUCAAGAAUAA